AUGCUUGCCGUAAAGGUUUUUCUCGUCUUGUUCGCUCUGCUAGCGGGGGAAAGCGAAUGCAAUACUGAAGAUAGCGAUAUGAAGCUCGCCCGAGAACAGAACCAUUUUGCCCUCAAGCUUCUAAAGGAACUCUCCAGCGAACAGCCAGAAUCGAACCUCUUCUUCUCUCCGACAAGCAUCUCCGUCGCACUCGCCAUGGUCUACGCCGGCGCCAGGGGCAAGUCCGAAGCGGAACUUUCCACUGCUCUCGGCCACACCGCAGCGGGACUGUCCAGCAGAGAAUCUAUACUGGCGUCUUACAAAAAGAUUCUCGCAGAACAGCAGAUUGAUGAAAAUGUAAGCUUGAUGAUAGCCAAUGCAGUCUUUCUGAAGAAAACACUGAAAGUCCUCGAAAGUUAUCAGAAGGAGCUCGUUGACAUCUUUGCGGCAAUGUUCCGGUCGGUGGACGUUGGGGCAGAAAAUUCCGCCAUGGAAUCUGAGGUUAACGAGUGGGUGAAGAACAAGACCAAAGGCAAGAUCUCGGGCUUCAAAAUUCCCGCAAACACCAUAAUGACACUUCUCAAUGCCAUUUACUUCAAGGGACUAUGGAACACCUCUUUCGAUCCCAACUAUACAUCCCCACUUCCUUUUUACAACAAAGGAUCUGAGGAGGUUAAGGUAGAAACCAUGACUCGAAGCGGAUGGGUACCGUUCACCUCUGAACCCGACUUUGCAGCCAUAGAACUGUCUUACAAAGGGGACAGACACAGCAUGGUAAUCGUACUUCCAAGUGAAAAAAGGGGACUUGCCAAACUUCGGCAGGCCAUGACUGUCGAGAGCGUAAGAAAAAUCCAUGUAAGUUUGAAACAACGUUUUGUCAGGAUUCAACUUCCAAAGUUCGACUUGAAAACGGAGUACAGCCUCGUCCCUGCCCUGAAGAAGUUGGGUGUGGCUUCGAUCUUCUCUGACGCCGAUCUGUCGGGAAUCACUGGCAACGGAGGGCUGGUGGUGAGCGGGGUCCUGCACAAGGCAGCCGUCGAGGUCAACGAAGAAGGCACGGUUGCUACCGGCGUAACCGUAGUAGCGACGGCUAUGAGUCGUCCUCCAUCCUUCGCCGUUAAUCGGCCUUUCCUCUUCUACAUCUGCGAGAAAGCUACCGGCCGUGUGCUAUUUUUGGGAGAAGUGCACGAACUCCCAGCCGCUAAGGUGAAACCCACCCUUCGUUAG